GUCAACUGUCAUGCUUCACUAAAAACAUCUAAAUGUCACCAAAAGCACAAAAUAUUGUCAAAUUCUGUCUUCAAAUUCAAUCAAUUAUAAUUUCCAAUUAAAGAAAUCUCAAUGUUUUCGAUUUUGAGUCCAAACAUUUUGCUGAUAUUUCUCCUAAUCAAAGUAAUGUGAUGAACAUAAAAUAAUUAACCCACCCAAUAAAAAAUGGAUAUUAUACACCAAUCUUUGAGUCAGCAAACUUUGCAAAGCACCAUUGAAGACCUUCCAGAUGAAGUUUUAGAAUUUAUUUUGGGGUUUUUGCCACCUUACAAAGAUUUACAGAAUUGUAUGAUAGUUUGUAAACGGUGGUACAAUUGUUCUCAAAAUGUCUUACAUAAAACAUCAAUAAAAUUGAUAAAAGCCGUGGGAGAGUUUAAAAUAUUAUGGAAAAAUAUAACUUCAACUGAAAUGGUGCCCACUAUUACCAAACGAUUUUCACAUGCUGCAUGUGUACUUGAGAAUAACAUGUACAUAUUUGGAGGCUGCACGACUAACGCAACUUCAUUUAAUGAUCUCUGGAGGUUUGAUUUAUCCAUUAGGCAGUGGGUAAGGCCCUUGGCUACUGGCACAUAUCCUGUCCCAAAAGCAUAUACUUCAAUGGUUCAUUAUAAAGACUGUUUAAUUGUUUUUGGAGGUUGGACAUAUCCUUCACUAUCUCAAUAUUAUCAAAAUGUUACAAUGUUCAAUGAAAUACACUUUUAUUGUGUAAAUACAAAUAAAUGGAUCUUAAUAAAUGCAACAAACUGUCCUCCACCAAUGGCAGGACAUUCAGCUUGUAUGAAAGGCGAUGAAAUGGUUGUGUUUGGAGGAUUAAUUAUGUCACCAAUUCAAAAUCAUCAAAUUCAAUGUUCUAAUGAUGUGUGGGUUUUAGACAUACCUACACUCACUUGGAGACUUCAACCUACAACUAAACCAAGGCCUGCACCAAGAUAUGCACAAUCACUCAUUAGUUUGGAUUCAGACAGGUUGAUGCUCCUUGGGGGAGUUCAGACUUUACAGAACCGCUUUGUAUAUAGUGAUUGCUGGGUGCUGACAAUGAAAGGCCCAGUGUGGACAUGGAAAGAACUGGCAGUCAAAAACAAAGAAUGGGCAUCUGCAAACAUUUGGUGCAAUCCUGCUUGCAGAGUUGGUGAUAAGGUUGUGAGCUUAAGUAGAAGUAGAAAUGGUUGGAACAGUGCUAAACCUUUGGUUACAUCUGCAGUAAGGUUAUCUGCAUUGAGUAGACCCGAAGGAGCUCCAGUUUCAGUAAGAGUUGAGCAAAGUUUACAAAGGCCUUUGGAUAGGGAUCAAAAUAUAAAUGGUAGAAGAGGUGUACUGCCUAGACGACUAUCAAACCCACCAAGAGAAGAAGAAUUGAACCCUAAUAAUGAACCAGUUGCUGGACCCAGUAAUGAGCAUGAAAGAGAAAGGUCUCACAAUCAAGCUGGCAAUGAAAAUAAUUCUGAUCUUAAUGGCCGUCUUGUUGGUGUCAAUUCAGAUUCAAAACAAAACAAUGGAAUAGACAUAAACAAAAAAGAUUUGGCUUUGAGAAGAAAUAAAAAUAAGAAUAAAGGGAUGAAAAUAGUAAGACAACUGCAAGAAGCUAAUAAGUACAGGAUGGCAGCAUUUGCAUGUGAUACAUCCCAAAAUAAUACACCUCCAGAAAAUGAUCUCAUAAAUCAAAGACAGAUAGCUCAUUUAGAAAAUAGAAGAGAACCUUUGCCUUCUCCCCCAAAUCCUCCACCAAGUCAACCUGCAGUAAAAAAAGUCAAACGAAAUACUUUGACUAUGCAUGUUUUAGAUAUUUCUACUAUAGUUGAUGGUAAUUCACUUAAUUACGUGGCAUGGCUCUGUCCUCGUUUAGGUGAAAUGACUGGGGCACCUGAAGAAUUAGUUAUGUAUUCACUUGUGAAAGGAAAUGGGGAACUAAUAAUGUUUGGUGGUGUUCACAAUGAUAUCAGUAUUUUAAAUUAUGCAGAGCAUCAAAAUAUGUACUCAAAUUCUUUGCAUUUUAUAACACCACCCAGAGAUAUCAUAUAAACAGAUGUGUAAUUCAAAUUGUUGCUUUAUCUUUUUAAUUUGUGUAUAUUUUCCUAGGUAAUUCUAGUUAUUUAUGCCUGCAGACUCUCUGAAAUUUUAUGAUUUAAGUUUCAAAUUGUUCAGUUAUAUAGUAUUGCGUUGGUUAAUUCCUAUUAUAGUUGCAACAAUAAAUAUUUGCUUUAUAAACCUAAAUCAUCACGAUUUUUCGCCACUAAUCUUGUUCUAUUUGUACUGUCUCAGCAAUCUUAAUAAUAAUGAAAUGUGUUCUGUGAUUUCUGUUGUAAAUAUGGCUUAUUGUAUAUGUAACUUAGCUUAUGAUUAAAAGUUGAUUUAUUACUAAAUAUUAUUUAUUUAAUUAAAAACGAAUCUAUUACAUAAAAAAGUCAAAUUCAUUUAGUUCAGUUGUCUUUCAUUAGACCUCCAAAAACAGCUGCUGGAAUUUCUUUUUUCUGAACAGGAGCAAGUUCGCCUUCAUCUUCGCUGUUUUCAGAAUCUUCAUCAAUAUCGAUUUCAUCAGGAUUGACCACUUUAUCACCACUUUCUUUAAGACCUUGUGUUUCACCACGCACAAAUGCAAUAUUACCUUUACUUUGAACUGCCAUUUCAGCAGCUUUAGCUUCUAACAUUCUCAUACCAUCCUUCAUACCUGGGGCUAAGUCAGAAACUGUACCAGCUGCUUGUGCUGCUGAACUUAACAUUUGAGCAGACAUCAUGUUGACCUGUGUGUUAUAUGUAGCCUGAACACUGCGCUUUAUUCUCAGCAUUUCUCUCAUAGUAUCUUCAUUUCCAUGUCUUACUUCAAAUUCUUUCCAUGUAUUCCAAAACUCCGCUGUAAUUCUGGGAUCACACAUCUGACUACAAUGAGCAUAUAUUGCUCGUGCUCUAUCAAUUUCCCCAAGACGUGUUUCCAUUUCAGAAAAGCGAACACACAUCUCCCUCGCUUUUUCAUCAGGAAGUGUUUCAAUUGCUUUUUCAUAUAUUUGGCGUGUUUUAGGUACACCAUAAAUUUCAGCAGCCUUCUUUAUGUAAAUAUUAAACAUUUCGAACAUUUCUUCUGGUAGUACAGCAGUUGUCGCUCGUUCAUAAACUGCCAUAGCAUGUCUUGCAAGACCAUGUUCUUCUUCUAAUUUAGCAUAUAGUAAAAAUAUAGAUUUCGCAAAUUGUGGAGGACAAUGUUCCAGACAUUGCUCAAAUAAAUCUCUCGCUCUUUCAAGUUUUGUACCUCCAUAUCUUUUAAGAAAUUUUGUUAGGUAAGUAUUCCAAAUGUCAUAAACAUUCGGCCAUUUAAAUAAUGCUAUGCCCUUUUCAUAGGCUCUGAAAGCUUCUUCAAAGUAAUUGUGUUCCUCUAGGAAGAGACCAUAGUUUAUUAUAAUUUGUGGUGUUGCAAUUUUUAAAUCUAUUAUAUGGUCAUAUACUGCCUUACAUGAUUUAUAUGUCCCAAAACUUUCUUCUAGAUCAGCAUACAUAGACCAUACCUUCAAAGAUUUAUAUAACCUCAUCUGUACUGUUUCAGUAUCAUCAUGAUAUGCCACUUUUCUGCUAGGUAAAACUGUAGCCUUCUGCAUGAGUUUGAGCGCCUCUUCAUAGUUUUCAUGUCUUAUUUCCAUUUCUGCCCAUUCACACCAAACUGAUGCUAAAUCAUCAACUUUGGCAUAGUUAACCUGUGUUGCUUUUUCAAAAAUAAGUCUUGCAUCUUCUAUUUGUUCAUUUUUUUCAUAAAAUUUUGCAAAACCAACCCAUAAAGUAUAUAAUUUGCCCACAGCAAGUUUGGGAUCUACUGUUUGCACAGCCUCAGUAUAUGUAUCAAUAAUUUCAUGAGGUUUGUCUUCAUAAAGUUUGACUCUUUUAUGCCAUUCAGCCACAUUGUGUGGGUUUUGUCUUAGAAGUACAGAGUUUAGUAACAGAAGUCUUCUUUCCAUAAGAUACUCAAAUCUAGCAAGUCUCAGUUCUAGGUCAAUGUCAUCAUCUUCAGUGGGGCUAGGCUUUUUGGCAACUUCUUCCAUUUUCUUGCUUAAACUAAGUUCUUCAAAUUGAGCAUAUGCAUCAAAUACUUGUGUAAAGUCCCGUACAGUAGUUACAGUUUGGAUAGCUUCUUCAUAAAUAUCUCUAGCUCUUUCGAAUAAACCACUCCUUACAUAAUAAUCAGCCAAUGAAUUCCAUAAAUGACCUAGUUGAUCGGUAUAGCGUCUUAGUCCACCUCUAAUAAUAGCAUCCACAUUCAAAGUAUGGAUUUGAUCAGGGUUCUUAGAAAUUAACUCACAAAGUUCAUUCCAUAGUUGAUGGUUUGAUUUACCAUGUUUUGACUGAAAGUUCUCAUUAUUUACUAUUUGAGCCAAUUUUACUGCAGCUUCAUCCAAUUUGUUUAUAGAAAUUAAAUAAUCAAUGUAUUCUUCUGUAUCUUCUGGGCAUAGUUUAAGGUACCUUCUAAAUACCCUUACAGCUGUUUCAGAUAUAUCAUGUUUUUUCAAGAAGCUUAAAUAAAGAGGCCAUAUUCUAUGAUGUUGUGUUAUAGGUAAAGCUCUUAAAGCACUAUCAAAAGCUUUUCUUGUAAUCGUGAUUUUACAUUGAUCAGUGAGAAAAGUGCAGUAGUCCAUCCAAAUUCUAGGCAUUUUAUGCAUAAAUACCAAAGAUCUUUCAAAACAAUUGUUCACAUCUUCAAAACAAGGAUCAGUAAUACAUUUCCCUCGUAUCUGACUUCUUCGUAACUUUAGAUAGUUAUACCAAAGCUUAAAUGAUCCUGGCAACUCCUUUAAGGCUCUCUCAUAGAUCAUGUUAAUUUCAUGUUUAGGAGCAGCUUUCUUAUGUUCAAUGUAUCUUAGCCAAUGUUUUACCGAAAACGGAUUUCUUAGAAUUUCCUCUUCAUAAGGCAAAUCCUCUUCACUCUGAAAAUUAACAGAAUAAUAUUAAUAU